AUGCUGUGUAGAGAUCUCAUCUCGUACAAUGCAAUGCUCUCUGCGCUCGUGAACUCUAGCCCUAUCGAUCAAACCAAAGAUUUCUUCGAUCUAAUUCCCGAGAAGAUCGUUGCAUGGAAUACGAUGCUCACAACAUAUGCCGAGAAUGGGCAUCUGGAAAUGGCGAUUUCCAUGUUCGAUUCGAUGAGCCAUCAUGAUAUCGUGUCCUACACUGCCAUGGUCACUGCGUAUGGAUCGAGCGGCCAGAUAGAACACGCAAGAAUACUGUUUGCCUCGUCACCCCAGAAAGACGUGGUUUUAUCAACUGCCAUGCUCGCAGCAUAUGCCCAUUUAGGCGCAUAUGCCCGGCUUGGGCAUCUGGAGAAAGCGAUUUCGUUCUUCGCGACAAUGCCAAUGCCACACGCAGUCCCGGAUCGCGUCGUGCCCUGGAACACGAUGCUCGCAGCGCACGGAACCAGCGGCCAGGACGCCGAGAAUCUCCUGUGGGCCGCGAAUUUGCAAGGUGUGGCCCCGGAUGCCGGCUGGAGCUACUUCGUGUCGAUGCGCAGCGAUUACUCGAUCCAGCCGGAGAAGCUCCACUUUGGGUGCAUGGUGGCCAUCCUGGCUCGAGCCGGGAACUUCGAUUUCGCCCGGGAUCUCCUCGACAACAUGCCAUUCGUUCCAGGGAUCGAGCAAUUGAGCUGCCUGACACUGUUCUAG